ACCCUUUAAUUUCAGUGGGUAGGCCGUUGCGAAGGGCAGCCUAUGGACUACCUAGAGGUUAUAUAAAAUAUAUAGUCCAGGAGGAAUUGUAUUCGUUCAUAUUUGAGGAGGCAUUUUUCUUAUCUUCUCGUGUGCACCUAUACUCAUUUCUACUCUCCAAGGCAAAUAGGCUCCUGUAACCGGUUGGACGUUGCAUGCUGUAUUGACUGGCUUGCAGUAGCCUAGUAUUACUCGUUGGUUCUCAUAAUCUCCCAGAUUGCCGGCUGGUACUGCAGUCGAUGCUGCAGUUGUAGGCUCUUGCACCGGGCUGUGUGCUGCGACAGCAGACUCAAUGAGAAAGGAAUGCUUGCCUUCGUUCUGAUCUCUGGGUCUAUCUGGAUUAUAUUAGUGUGACGUGCACCUUCACGCGCUGAAGCAAUCUUGUCUGAUUGGAAGGAGCUGUUCAAUGGCGAGGGUCCUGAAACACUGCAUCCAGUCGGAGCAUAUUUAGCACUCUCUGGAGUAACGAGCUGAGUUCCACCCUGAUGGAGAGGAUGCAGACCCAGGAGCUGCAGAGCAGUCUACAGCUGCCAGAGCUGGAUGAGUUAAACCAGUUCUUCCGCUCCCUGCCCAUCUCCACACUGGUGGGCAUCGGUGCCCUGACCGCCGUGCUGGCCUACUGGCUGGCCACACGGCCACGUGCCAUCUCUCCUCCCUGCAAUCUCCAACACCAGUCUGAAGAAGUGGCGCAUGAAGAUGGGGUUCGCAGGUCCAUGCUGGGGGACAGCCCCAAUAAUCUGCUGACACACUACCACGAGGAUGCCAAAACCAUGUAUGAGGUGUUCCAGAGAGGCCUCCACAUAGCCGGUGAUGGACCUUGCUUAGGCUCCCGGCUACCCGAAAAGCCUUACAAGUGGCUGUCCUAUAAAGAGGUCACAACCCGGGCGGAGUACUUAGGGUCGGGGCUGCUGAGCCAGGGCUGCACGCCGUGCCCAGAUCAGUUCAUCGGAGUGUUUGCACAAAACAGGCCAGAGUGGAUCAUUUCGGAGCUGGCCUGCUACACCUACUCUAUGGUGGUGGUGCCUCUGUAUGACACACUAGGGCCUGAUGCCAUACGCUACAUCAUCAACACUGCGGACAUCGUCACAGUAAUCUGUGACAAGCCUGAGAAGGCCCAGGUGCUUUUGGGUAACGUGGAGAGGCAGGAGACCCCUGGGCUGAAGAGAAUCAUCCUGAUGGACCCCUUUGAUCCUGCCCUGCUGGAGGAGGGGGCGGGCUGCGGGGUCAUCGUCCAGUCCAUGCAAGAUGUGGAGGAUCUGGGCAGAGACAACCACAGAAAGCCCCUGCCACCUACACCAGAAGAUCUGUCCAUCGUGUGCUUCACCAGUGGUACCACAGGAAACCCAAAGGGAGUCAUGCUGACACACGGGAAUGUUGUGGCUGAUUUCUCAGGCUUCCUCAAAGUGACAGAUAAAGUAAUAUUCCCAAACCAAGACGACGUUCUUAUCUCCUUCCUGCCUCUGGCGCACAUGUUUGAAAGACUCAUCCAGUCUGUGGUGUAUUGUCACGGUGGCCGGAUCGGUUUCUUCCAAGGCGACAUCCGCCUGUUGUCUGAUGACAUGAAGGCCUUACGGCCCACCAUCUUCCCUGUGGUACCUCGACUGCUCAACCGCAUGUACGACAAGAUAUUCAGCCAGGCCAACACCCCAUUGAAGCGUUGGCUGCUGAACUUUGCAGCGAAGAGAAAAGGGGCAGAGGUCAGCAGGGGGAUCAUCCGCAUGGACAGCCUGUGGGAUAAGAUAUUCUUCAGUAAGAUACAGGCCAGCCUGGGUGGGAGGUUACGCAUGAUUGUAACUGGAGCUGCGCCGGCCUCCCCCACUGUACUGGGGUUUCUCAGGGCUGCACUGGGUUGUCAGGUGUAUGAGGCGUAUGGCCAGACAGAGUGUACUGCUGGUUGUACUUUCACCACUCCUGGAGACUGGACCUCAGGUCAUGUGGGGGCACCAUUGCCAUGUAACCUCAUCAAGCUGGUGGAUGUGGCUGAGAAGAACUACUUUGCACGCAAGGGAGAAGGAGAGGUGUGUGUGAAAGGACCCAAUGUUUUCAAGGGCUACCUCAAAGACCCUGAGAGGACUGCUGAAACCCUGGACACAGACGGUUGGCUCCACACCGGAGACAUAGGGAGAUGGUUACCUAACGGUACACUGAAGAUCAUUGACAGGAAGAAGCACAUCUUUAAGCUGGCCCAGGGAGAGUACAUCUCCCCUGAGAAGAUAGAGAACAUUUACAUCCGCUGUGAGCCUGUGACCCAGCUCUACGUCCAUGGUGACAGCCUACAGUCCUGUCUGGUUGCCAUAGUUGUUCCUGACCCAGAGACAAUGCCUGCAUGGGCCCUGAAGAAAGGCAUGGAGGGGAGCUAUCGGGACCUCUGUAAAAAUACUGUCCUGAAGAAAGCCAUCAUGGAAGACUUGCAGAGACUGGGCAAGGCCAGUGGCCUCCACUCGUUUGAGCAGGUGAAAAACAUCCACAUCCACAACGAGCAGUUCUCCAUACAGAAUGGCCUGUUGACUCCCACACUAAAAGCGAAGAGACCCGAGCUGAGGGAGUUUUUCAAGGAGAAGAUUGAAGACCUGUACGAAAACAUCUCCAUGUGAAACACUACCACAGAAUAAACAUUUCUCAGUAA